AUGUUCACCCUCCCGCAGCCUCUGUCGGCUGAUACGGAUGCUCCCAUUUUGGAAGUGUCGGAGAGUCCGACCAUAUUACAGGCGCUCCUGUCGUUUGUGUAUCCCGUGCCCGACCCGCCGAUUCAUUCGCUGGAUGAGCUAACGCCCAUCCUCACCGCGGCAUUCAAAUACGAGAUGACGGGCGUAAUCGAGCAACUCCGAAAGGUCCUCGUCGUCCAGCAUUUCCUGAAGGAAAACCCUACUCGCGUAUAUGCCAUCGCUUCGCGAUUUGACCUGGAGGGGGAAGCGCGGACCGCAUCACGGUACACGCUCGCCGUGAAUAUUCUCGAUUGUCCGCUACACGACGAUCUCAAAUACAUCACUGCAUAUGCGUAUCACCGCCUCCUCGAUCUUCACCGCCGACGGGCGGAGGCUGCCCAGGCGUUGCUGCGGCUACCGGAGGAGGUGAAGUGCAUGCGGUGCAAUGGGACACAGUACCUUGCUUUCAGUCCACCAAAGUGGUGGCUGGACUUCGACGUGCGGGCGAGGGAGGAGCUGCGGGUGCGACCCACGACGGAGGUGGUUUUCUCGUUGGCGUUUCUUACGCGGUCGGCGCAGGCUGGGUGCGAGCGGUGUGCCGGGAGCAUCCUUGAUGCUCACCAUUUCCUGGAGAAACUGAAGAAUAGCAUUGACGAGUUGCCCUCUACGAUUUGA